AUGUUCAGCGUGAUAAACACAUACCUGGCAUUGCUGGGCCAAAUAUUCACCCUGUCUGCCGGGGCGGGUUUCCCGGCGGCUGUGGCUCUCUGUGUCUAUCGCCUCUACUUCCAUCCCUACGCCAAGUAUCCUGGGCCCCUCUUGGCGAAAUUGACCAGUUGGUAUUCUGUAUAUCACACCUAUAUUGGUGAUCUCCACGUUGACAUCUGGCGGUGCCAUGAGGAGUAUGGGGACGUCGUCCGCUAUGGUCCCAACAGACUAUUGAUCAACAAUGAGGCAGGAUUGAAAGGUAUCUAUGGGCACGGCAAGAAUGUCCGGAAGGCCAAGUCAUACCAUCGCAUUUCGCUGGUUAAGGGUGUGGAAGCAACCCAAAGUGUCGUCGACAAGACCAAGCAUGGCAAGCUUCGAAGAAUCCUGAAUCAAGGACUGUCGGAAUCGUACAUCCGAACAUUCGACAAAGAAUUGACAGAUCUUGCUCGCUUGUUUUCGUCAAGUCUGGGAUCAACCAAGGACCGCUUCGUCCCUGAAACGGACGCCACUACUGACGGAUGGACAUGCGCCAAGAACAUGGCCCAUUGGUGUGACUAUUUCACAUUUGAUGUGACGUCGCAGCUGGUUUUUGGAAGGUCAUAUCAUCUCUUGGAGAGCCCCGAAAACCACUGGGUUGCGGAUGCUAUCCUGGGCCAAAUGCGUCGGGUGAGUUUCCUGAUGCAGCUGCCCGAGUUGGAAGACUUGAGGUUGCAUAAGAUCUUGUUUCCACACGCACGCAAGAAGGCGCUUCGGUUUUCUAUGAAAAGCAAAGAGAUCAUGGAAAAGCGAAAAGAGUCUUCUGAGGCUAUUACGAACGACCUAUUCUCAAAGCUUCUGGCUGCCAAGGACCCUGAGACGGGAGAGUCACUUUCCCAGCUGCAGUUAUGGGCCGAAAGCAACUUGCUGAUUAUUGCCGGAUCUGAUACCUCCUCAACCGCAAUGGCUGCUCUAUUCUUCUACCUAUCCAGAUAUCCCGAGGCAUAUGAUAAGGUGGUCAAGGAGGUCCGGAGCACUUUCCGCUCCGCAAAGGAGGUUUCUCAAGGGCCCAAACUUUCUGCUUGCACGUACUUGAGAGCUUGCAUAACUGAAGCAGCCCGUCUGUCACCUCCAGCCGCCGGGGCGAUGUGGCGUGAAGUGCAAGAUGGCGGUCUUCAAGUCGGUGACCUUUAUGUCCCAGCUGGGUACGACAUCGGAACUGGUAUCUACUCUAUCAACCAUCACAAAGAGUACUAUCCUCAACCGUUUAAGUUCUGGCCCGAAAGGUGGAUCCCAGAGGUUGUUGGGGAGGAAGCUGCCUCGAAGGCGAAGUCCGCGUAUGGUACGUUCUCUGUUGGACCAAGGAAUUGUGUUGGGAAGGGGCUUGCCAUGAUUGAGAUCUCGCUGGCGAUGGCUGCAGUCAUCAGUGAGUUUGACUUCCGCCGAGACGAGACAGGGAUGGGCAGAGUCGGGGAAGGCAAGGGUGAUUUGAAGGACGAGUAUCAGAUCUUCUGGGCUUUCACUAGUAUGAAGGAUGGACCCUUCGUGCAGUUCCGGCGAGCCGAGGCUGUCGGUCUGCACUGA